GACCGUCAUUGUUAAAAAGACGAAUAAACGUUGAUAGAAAAGUGAAGAAGUUGAAAAAUUUUCUUUCAUUACAACAUUUUGUGAUAAAAAUUAUCAUUUUAAUCAAUUAAUUUUAAUAAAAUACAAAACAUAUUGUGUUAUAUUGUGAAACACCAACGCGAAUAUAAAAAAAUAAACGCAUUUAACGUGUAAAACAAACGUUCAGUGUAAAGGCGUUUGUGUUCAGCUAUUACAUGAGGCGUUUGCGAAAACCGACUGCAAAAGGCAAAAGUAGUGAAGAGACAACAACAAUAAACCUUGAAGUGACAGGCAACUUAGAUAUUGCUCACAGCAGCAGUGGUGGCAGCAGCUCCGAAACGCAUGCCAUUAAUCAGGACCAUAACUCACCAACGAAAACCUGUAAAGCUGGUGCUGGCACAUUGGUGACACCAGCUAAACAACGCUCUAGGCGAAAUAUAAUGGACACAAAUGGCGGGACAACAACAUCAUCAUCAGCUACGGCCAGCCUCGGCAAAGAGGUUUUCAAACAUUUUGAAAAAUCUGGAAAAAGUGAAUUUUUAAAAUUCUUAAAACAACAUGUACGUGACAACGACAGUCCAUAUUUGGGUAAACAAAAUGACUUUAAAUUUGGUGUCUCCAGUGCUAUCUAUGAUCUACUAUGGCAGGGUGUACGUUGUAAUUUGAAAAAGGAUACUGUUUUAAAUACCCUAGGUGAAGUGGUGGCCCUACAUGAUGAUUUUCCUUCUCUUAUACUGGAUGUAAUCAACGUUCUGGAUGCUGAGACUUCUCUGAUGACCGAUGGCAUACAAGAAGAACGCUUAAUGUUUUGUCAGAUACUAAAAGAACUGGAUAAAGUAAUACCCGAUAAAUUGAUUAAAGAAAGAUUGGAAAUAGAUACAUUACAAGAAGUGGGCAUAGUUAAGAAUAAAGUAUUCUAUACGAAAUUUAUUAAAAUUAAAACAAAAUUAUACUACAAACAAAGACGUUUCAAUUUAUUCCGUGAAGAAAGUGAAGGUUAUGCCAAGUUAAUAACCGAAUUAAAUCAAGAAUUUGAAGAUGAUGUUACCUCCGAUAGUAUAAUGGAUAUAAUAAAAUCAUUAAUAGGUUGUUUCAAUUUAGAUCCCAAUCGUGUUUUGGAUAUUAUUUUAGAAUCAUUUGAAUCACGACCAGAACGUUGGCAAUUAUUUAUUCCAUUGCUAAGGGCUUACAUGCCAAAUGGUUCGAUUAUAUGUGAAGUUUUGGGUUAUAAAUUUCGUUAUUUUGCCGAUACAAAAACACCACGUACUUUAUUUCAUGUCUGUUCCCUAUUGCUCAAAUAUGCUGUUAUAGAUCUUAAUGAUAUUUAUGUUUGGCUAACACCUACUGAUAAAAUGAUUACCGGUGAUUGGGAACAAGAUUUAGCGGAUGCUAAAGAAUUUGUACGUAAAUUAAAUAUAAUUGUUACUAAUAAAGAUAAAGAACCGGCAGAACCGGAACCUGAAAAGGAAUAUAGUUUGGAAAAAUACUUUGCUAAUCAAAAGUUUGGCUUAUGUGAAGGUCUACUCAAAGUGGGCGAUUGGGAGAAUGCUUUAAAAAUUAUUAAAAAACUACCCGAACAGUCGGUGGUGGUACAUGAACCCAUUGCCCGCGCCUUAGCUGAACUCAUACACAUUGGCAUUGAUCAUGUCUAUCGUAAACAAUGCUUUAAAAUAUCACCAGCUGCAAAAUUGCAAAAACGACGUUUGGCAGAUGAUACAAAACUUGUGCAAAAGAUACAAGCUAAAGAAUUUCAUGAACUAAGAAACUAUGUUAUACCCAUGGUUAUAGCUUUGGGUCCCUCAUUGCACUUUGAUACGGUUCUCAUGUAUAAAUUGAUACGUAUAAUGCGUACAAUUAUUACAGAAAUGGGUGUGGAUAAUCAAAAUCUACCUACGGUCAAUAGUGAGGCAGAAACUUUAUACAAUGAGGUUAUGACCAUAAUGGAUUCAGCUAUAUUGCCUGCAUUAUCCUAUUUGGAUUGUAAUUGUCCUAUGGCUGAAGAAAUAUGGACGGUAUUAAAACAUUUUCCCUAUCAUUAUCGUUAUGCUUUAUAUGCCCGCUGGAAAAAUGAUACUUAUCAAUUGCAUCCUCAACUUAUACGCCGACGUGGUAAUGCUCAAAAGAAUAUUAAAGCUAUAAUGAAACGUGUCAGUAAGGAGAAUGUUAAACCUUUGGGCAGACUUAUUGGUAAACUUAGUCAUUGUGCUCCUGGUUUUCUAUUUGAUUAUAUUUUAUUACAAAUUCAAAUCUAUGAUAAUUUAAUUGGUCCCGUUGUGGAUUCUUUGAAAUAUCUAACUCUAUUAUCUUUCGAUUGUUUGGGCUAUUGUUUAAUUGAGGCUUUAACUAUGGCCGAUAGAGAUCGUUUUAAACAUGAUGGCACUUCUAUAUCAUUAUGGCUACAAAGUUUAGCUUCAUUUUGUGGUGCAAUUUUUAAGAAAUACAAUAUUGAAUUAAGUGGCCUGUUACAGUAUGUGGCCAAUCAAUUGAAGUCCCAAAAAAGUUUGGAUUUGUUAAUUUUAAAAGAAAUUGUACAAAAAAUGGCUGGUGUUGAAUCGGCUGAAGAAAUGACCAACGAACAAUUAAAUGCCAUGUGUGGUGGUGAAUUACUUAGGGGAGAGGCCGGUUACUUUAGUCAAGUUCGUAAUACGAAAAAAUCAUCACAACGUCUUAAAGAUGCUUUGGCCAAUAAUGAUCUUGCUGUAACUAUUUGUCUGCUAAUGGCACAACAAAAACACUGUGUCAUUUAUAGGGAAACGGCACAAAGUCACUUAAAAUUAGUGGGUAAACUAUACGAUCAAUGUCAAGAUACACUCGUGCAGUUUGGUACAUUCCUGGGUUCAACAUAUUCCGUGGAUGAGUAUGUUGAACGUUUACCCUCUAUCAUAGCCAUGUUGCAAGAAUAUCAUAUAAAUGCUGAUGUGGCAUUCUUUUUGGCCAGACCCAUGUUUACUCAUCAGAUAAAUCAAAAAUAUGAUCAAUUACGCAAAGCCGAUCCAAAUGCCAAGAAAUUAACUAACAAUCAAAAAUUGGCAAAAUAUCUAGAUGCCACCAAUUUGAUAAUGAAUCCCAUUGUUGAGUCCGUACGUCCUUUGCAUGGACCCAAAGUAUGGGAAGAUAUAUCACCACAAUUUUUUGUAACAUUUUGGUCUUUAAGCAUGUAUGAUUUGCAAGUACCGCACGAUAGUUAUCAAAAGGAAAUAACAAAACUUAAACAAUUAUCAAAUCAAGCAGCUGAUUCCAAGGAUUCGAAUGCUUCUAAAAAUAAAAAAGAACAAGAACGUUACAUAGCUCUUAUGGAUAAACUACAGGAUGAGCGCAAAAAACAACAAGAACAUAUUGAUAAGAUUUUACAACGUUUACAACAGCAAAAGGAUAAUUGGUUUUUAUCUCGUUCUGCCAAAUCGGCUAAAAAUGAGACCAUAACACAAUUUUUACAAUUGUGUCUAUUUCCAAGAUGUACUUUCACUGCCUUGGAUGCCUUAUAUUGUGCUAAAUUUGUCCAUACUAUACACAAUCUGAAGGCUGCUAAUUUUUCCACCUUAUUGUGUUAUGAUAGGAUCUUUUGUGACAUUACUUAUUCGGUAACAUCUUGCACCGAGAAUGAGGCAACACGUUAUGGACGUUUUUUGUGUGCCAUGCUUGAAACUGUUAUGCGUUGGCACUCAGAUCAGGCCACAUUUAACAAAGAAUGUGCCAAUUAUCCUGGUUUCGUAACAAAAUUCCGUGUUAGUAAUCAAUUUUCGGAGGCAAAUGAUCAUGUGGGUUAUGAAAAUUACCGGCAUGUAUGUCAUAAAUGGCACUAUAAAAUCACAAAAGCCAUUGUAUUCUGUUUAGACUCGAAGGAAUAUAUGCAAAUACGUAAUGCUCUUAUCAUUUUAAUGCGUAUUUUACCCUACUAUCCGGUAUUGGCAAAAUUAUCGCAAAUUAUCGAACGUAAAGUGGAAAAGGUGCGAGAGGAAGAGAAAAAUAAAAGACCUGACUUAUUUGUAAUUGCGUCAUCGUACAUUGGCCAGUUGAAGACGAAAUCGGCACAAAUGAUUAAGGAAAGUGAUUUUCAUCAGGUAACUGAAAGGCCUCAAAGGUCGGAUACAAAUACAGCUGCCAGUAUAGGCACGGGUGCCAACUCAGCAGCUUCAAUUGUGCAGAAUUUAUUAAAUACCACACAAAAUGCCAGUACAAUAACUUUGGUAGCACCUGCAGCGCCCAGUACACAGCAGCCUGUGGUGGAUAUAAAACCGCCCAGUAAUGGAGAAAUAAAAAUCGAAAAACGCGAAAAAGAACGUUUGGAACGGCCCACAAAAAUCAUUAAACUUAACUCAACAUCAACAACCUCCGAACGUAGUAGUGGUGUUGGUACUGGUGAGCGUGAAUCUUCUAGUUCAAAUCGUGCGACAGUUAUUGAAAUUAAAGAUGAACCUUCUUCAUCCAAUUCUACUACAGCUUCGCAUGAACGUGAUUCAGAUCGUCAUGGCAGUAGUACACGUUCUCUUAAGGAUAUCAUCAAAAAGGAGGAAGGACGUUUACGUGAACGAGAUCGUGAACAACGUGAUCGUGAGCGUGAACAUCGUAAUCAACUUUUAGAGGAUAUGGAAUCGUCAUCAACAUCACGUUCGAAAAGAGAAAAACGUCGAGAGGAUCGUUAUCGCAAUGAAUCGCCUUCAAUGGAAAAUCAAGAGAGUGCAAGCAGUAAUAAAAAUGAUUAUGAUCGUAGUGAACGCGAUACUAGAGAUCGUGAUUAUGAACGGAAUGAACGUGAACGUAGAGAUCGUGAUCGUGAUUUGAGUUCGGUUUCGAAUGAAAGUAUUGGUUCGUUACAGCAACAGCGACGUAGUCAAGAUAUUUUAGAAUAUGAAAAAGACUCAAAACGUCGCAAAAUGGAAUCGUCAUCAUCAUCAUCCAAUUCAAAGAAACAACUUAUAGAUGAUCAUAAUGAACCUUCUAAAAAGGAACGUAGUGUUAAGAAUAAAGAUCGCAAAGAAAAAUUAACUGAUGAGGAAAAAGAUGCACGUAAAGAAAGAAAAUUGGGUCGUAAAAGAGAACGUUUAGAAGAGACUUCUUCUUCAGAGCAUAAACGUCGUAGAGAUGUACAAAAUGGUGAUGAUGAUCAGCAGCAGCAACGUGAACGCGAUAAAUAUCAUACUAGAGAAAAAUCACCGCAUAUAAGAGAUACACGAGAAAGAUCUCAUGAGAAAUUUGAACGCGAUCGUAGCAAUCGUGAUGAUCGUUCUUAUAGCAGCAGUAGUACAACCACUAAAUCCACUAGAUCCCGCAUUGGUUAUUAAAAAUACUUAAUUUUAGCAUUUUCUUUAUUUUUUUUUUGUUUGUUUCUACAACAAUAGUUUUCGUUAUAACAAAACAAUUAUCCGCCGAUCAUUUUAUCAUUAUAAAAUACUUUAAUUUGUACGCUAACUAACUGCUAAGUGAAUUAAAUUUGUUUAAUUUUUUAUUCUUAUUGUAUUGUAUGAAAUAAUUAUAAUUUUUCCCCCCGCUUCAUUAAUAAAAAAAAAUCAUUUAAUUAUCCAUAAAAUACAAUAAAAAUUAUUAUAUAAUAAAUUUUAAACUUAAGUCUAUCAAUCUCUCAAUUUUUAAUAGACUUUUACUCUGUGGUUAAAUUAAGUCUAAAAAUGUAUGUUUAAUAUUAAAUUAAGUCUUAUUUUUUGAGCACUCAAAUGUUUAGGAGAUUCACCGAAAAUUUUCUAUUCAUAAUAUUUAGUAUAUGUUACUAAAAAUAACAACUAUACAUAUUUUUUUCUUUUCGUUUAAACUAAAUUAGUAAAAUAACAAUAAAAAACAGAUCUAA